AUGUCUAAAUCAAAGUCCAAGUCCGCCGCAAAGGUCGCCGCAAAGGCUGGCCCAAAACCCGACGUCCUGACCAAAGUCAAGGGCGCGGCCGUCACGAAGCCUGCGCAAAGCAUGAAAAUCAAGGGCAGGGAAAUGGCCAAGAAAAUCGCUACCAAGGAAGAAAAGAAGACGAAGAAGAUACCUGUCCAGCUGCCAGCUCCAGAACCAAGUUCUGAGGAAGAGGAUGAGGAGUCCAAUGCAAGCUCUGAAAGCUCCGACGAGGAGGAGGAGCAGAGUGACGGUGAAAAUGAAGCGACAAUCGAGAAAGCUAACGGGAUCAAACCUGCCGACGAGGACGAAUCCAACGACGAGUCUGGCGAAGAGCCUGACUCCGACGAGUCUACAUCAGAAGACGAGGCACCAAAAUUGAACGGUUCUGCGCUCAAUGGGGCUCCGGGUGUCAGAGCCGACGCUGAUGACUCUGACGAGGAGGAAAGCGAUGAGGAAAGUUCCAGCGAGGAGUCUGAAUCCGAAGAUGACGAAGAUUCGGCCGAUGAAGAGGUCGAAGGCACAAAUGUCGCUGUUGCGGAAGAAGAAGUCGACGGGGAUGACAGCUCUGAGGAGUCCGAAAGUGACGAGGAAAUCAAAGCUGCUCCCAAGACAAAUGGUGUCAAGCCUGCCCGCGUUGACGGUGAGGACAGUGAGGAUGAUGAUACUGACAGUGAUGAGGCAAGCAACAGCGACGAAAGUGAAGAGGAAGACGACAGCGAAGAGAGCGAAGACAGUGAUGAAAGCGAAAGUGAUGAAGAAGAAGAUGAAGAAGCCGAAAUCGAAGCCAACACACAACCUGUCAAACGCAAGGCCGAAGAGGUCGAGACCCCGGUCUCCAAGAAGACCAAGGUUGAUGCUGUGAACGCUUCAAAUAGCUGCAACUUGUUUGUCGGCAAUCUUUCAUGGGACGUCGACGAAGACUGGUUGAGACAAGAAUUUCAGGAAUUUGGCGAGCUCAAGGGCGUGCGUUUGAUGACUGACCGUCAAAGUGGACGUUCCAAGGGAUUUGGUUAUGUCGAAUUCGUCGACGCCGCAGAUGCCGCCCAAGCUCACGCCUUGAAAAAGGGCGUUGAGCUCAAUGGCCGUCCCCUGAAUGUCGACUUUGCCAAUGCUCGUCCCAACCCGGGAGAUAAACUAGAAGAACGUCGCAAGUCACAUGGCGAUAAGAUUGGCGACCCUACCGAUACAUUGUUCCUCGGAAACCUCUCUUUCAAUGUGACCCAGGAAGAUAUCUCUGAUGCAUUUGCCCCCUACGGGACCGUGAUGGGAAUUCGCAUCCCUACCGAUCGUGAAACUGCCGCACCCAAGGGCUUUGGAUACGUGACCUUCGCAUCAGUGGAAGAGGCCACUGCAGCUCUUGAAGCCAUGCAGGGUGCGUACAUUAGCAAUCGAUCAGUCCGCAUUGACUACACUCAACCCCGUCAACAAAACGGUGACUCUCCAGCACGAGGAGGAGGAUUCGGCGGACGUGGCGGACGCGGUGGCUUCAAUGGACGCGGCCGUGGUGGUGGCAGAGGAGAUUUCGGCGGACGAGGUGGUGGUCGUGGUGGUCGCGCUUUCACUACAAAUCGCGGGGGAUUUGGCGACUUCUCUGGAAAAAAGACAACUUUCUAA